CAGAGCCUAUUAUGUUGGUAGUUAUUAAAUUGGGGGUUUUUGUGUGUUUUCUUUUUGAAUUUUUUUUAGUCCCAAAGGUGCUGUUAAAAAUGAAGUAGUGCUCUUCAAAGUAACUUUUUAGUUUGAUGUCAUUAUUCUUAGUGUGACUCAGCCUCUGAUGUGCUUAUAACAUUGGCCCUACAACCUUGAAAUUGUUCAUUAUGCAGCCAAGUCUUCACAGUGAGAUCCGUGGGAGAUUUACUGCAGGAGUGACUGGGAAUUUCGUUCUGCCCUAGUUGGCAAGUUCACUGUCUCAUUGUGUUCUUUUGCAAAAACUGUCAUUAUUGAGCCAGUAAUUAAGAACAUAAAUCCAAGUUUCCUUUGAAAAUAAUUUUACUGAAUUUAGAUUUGACAAGAGCCACAUUUUAUAACCAUUUGCUCAACUUUGUGUUUCAUCCUGCAGUAAAUCAUCCCGAAUCAACAUCAUCUAUUACAGAUAAACUGGGAUUACUCCCCAUAAAAUGAUAUUGUCAGAGACAUCUCCAAAUUAAAUUGGAGUUUUCAGAUCUCAGUUAGGUGUAAAAUUCUUUGCCUGGUGCUGAGAUUCAGAAGUGGGUAAGCAUUGUUUUAGAUGAGUUUCAAUACAUUGCGGAAGUGAUCUGUCAAAGAGUGAAUUUCUGUAGCGCAGUGUACCAAAUUCUGUGGUGAAAGACAAAGUACUUAUAGGAGCACAUGUGAGGAAGAGACUAUCACCAAGACAAGGCGUGUGAGGAUAUCAAGGAAAGUUUCACCAAAGAGGUAGCUUUCAUACUAGGAUCUGAUAAAGAAUAGUCUUUUGACUGAAGACAUGAGGAGAGAACAUUGCCAGGGAAAGGAAACGCAUGAGGAAAAAACACGCUUGGGGAAAAGGCAGGAUGUGUCCAGGGAAUAGGAGUUGUAGAGUUUGGCAGAAGAUCGGAUGUGGUGGGAGAUUAAUUCCAAAGGUUGCUUGAGCCAAAGCCUGGACUGCCUUUUUUUGAAACAUCUCAUAUGUCAUCUAAAAAGAGCUUGCAUGCUAUUCUGCAGGUAAUGGGGAGCUAGUUAAGGUUUGUGGAGCUGGACUUGGUCAACAAUUCAGUAUCAUCAAAAAUACAGUUCUUAUGGAACUGUGAAAAAUCAGUAUUUGAGGGAUGAAGAGGAAGAUUGGGGUAGAAAAAUUAGGGGCUGUAUAGUGCAGUAAUCACCUGGAAGGAAGAGUGAAAUCUGAAGGCCUGGGGAAGACAAUGACAGUGAAAUAAAAGCAAGAAUCAGAAAAGUCUUGUCCAGUUGGGAUCAAUGUUGCCUCAUGGUUCAUAAAAUCUUGUGAGAGACUACUGACCUGUUCUACCCCCAAGAUUCUGUGAGUUAGGCUUCUGUGACCACAUAAGAUCCCUACAUUCUAGAAGAGAGCAUUUCCUCACAAGUGUAAGUACAUAUAAGAACACUUCAGAUGUAUCUGUAUAUAUUUAAGAAGUGAGAUCAUCUCUCCCAACCCAGUUAAUGUGUUGGUUGAAAGGGGGAUGAUUAGAUCUAUUUCCUUGAGUACAAACUAAUUUGGCAUUUUUGAUGAGUCUGUAGUAUGGAGACAUAGUAAUGUUUACCAGGAUUUUUCCCUAAAUACUUACCAUAUUUUUAAGGCUUACACUUGUGCUUUACAGGAAAGUGAGCUUUAGUUUCUUCUCACUGAACUCCGAAUAAGAAUUUAAUAGAAAAUUGAGAACAAAACUAUGAAAAAAUUAGAGAAAGAAAGGAAACAAGAUAAGCAUAUGAUACAAUACAGAAGAUACUGAAUUGCUGGAUUGAAACAGAAGAUACAGAAUUGCCAGAUUAAAAUAGAAGAUACUGAAUUGCUGAAUAAAGUCUUGUUGUUUACCAAGACCCAAGGGGUUAGUGUAGGUAAAGUUAAAGAAGAAUACUGUGGAAGAAGCAAGCAGGCAAUUAGAUAUAUGGAGACCAUUGGUGAUUGCAUGAUGGCAGGUAUGGCAGAAAAAUGAAAUGGUAUGGAGAUGGAGAAUAUGGAUUUUGCAGGAUUUAUAAGUAUCUCACACAUCUUAUCCCUAAUAGGAAUUUACUGACUGAAAAUGGCAGAAAAAAUCUUAGAGAAGUUAGAUAUUCUGGAUGAGCAGGCAAAGAUGCUCUUGGCCAGAAGAGCAAAGAAAAACAGACUUCAGAGUCAAGUAAAGAAAAAGACUUUGGUUACACCACUGACAUUUGAUUUUCAGUUGGAAUUUGAAGAGGCUAUUGCUCCAUCCACAUCUAAGAACGUAUCCAGGAGCACAGAAGACAAGUCAUUUGGUAUUAAAAAACCAAAAAGAUACGUCUCCUUUAAAAAUGAGCCUGAACCUACAAAGAGUGAUUUUGAAACAUUAAAUUUAAGACCACACUUUGUACCAACAAAUAUAAAAGAUCAAGAAAGCAAGUCAAUAGAGCCAAUGAAAGAACAUCUGAAUUCAAGAUCUUUUAGACCUUUUCUUUAUCUUAAGGCUACAGCUGAGAAUAAACAAGAGCAUAGAAGAACAUUGGGUUCUACAACCGUUUCUCCUAUACCCACGAUUCAAUCUAAGGCUUAUAAGAAGGAAAAAGACUCUGCUUUAUUUGCAGCUCCAACUGGAAAAAAACCUAGGGAAUCAUCUGAUUUGGCUGGUCACUUAGAAGAUUCUGUCAAUAAAAGAAGAAAAUCUCCCCCACAGAUGGAUGAUUUUAGCACAAAAGAAAACAAAACCAUCAUAAAUGACCAAUUAAGUGAAUAUUGUUCAACAAGAAAGAAAAGCUUGCUCCCCUUGUGCUUUGAGGAUGAAUUAAAAAAGCCAAAUGCCAAGAUAAUCAACAUUAGUCCAGCAAAGACAGUAACUUCUCACAUGGAACAAAAUGACACAAAUCCCAUAAUUUUCCAUGAAACUGGAUAUGUGCAAAUGUUACUUUUGACAAAAAAUCGGCUUCCUCCCCAUCGUAUGGAAGAUGAUAACAUUUACCCACAUAAAAGAGCAGGUUUUGUCUUAGAAAGAAAUUGUGAAACCCUCAAAUCUUUAAUUAGGGAUCAAUUUAUUAUUCCUUCCAAACCUAAAAGGAUUAUGGCUACAGCAUGGAAAAGAAAUAUACAAGCAAUAUCUGUUGAUGUGGGCCAUAGAGUUGUAGAGAGUAAGCUAAGGAAGAAAACUAGUAAGAAGACAUUUGAAAACGUAUCCUGGAGUAAAUUCUAUAAUUUCUCACAGACUUUUUCCAGCCUAACAAAAAAUUUUAUGGGCUUCCUUGAUAAAACUGUUAUUCGAGAAAUGAGUGCUAGACAUGGCAACUUUGAAAGAAUGUUUUCUACAGUAAAACCAAUUAGCAAAUUCAGUACCUUACCUGUCAAAUAUUGUUUAAAGCCUUUAAAAAAUAUACUCAAAGUCCAUAAAUUAAAUAAUGUAACACCCUUGGAUGAUUUGUUAAACUAGUCAAGUGAAAAUUAGGCCCCUCAAAAAAUAUUGUUUUACAGCAAUAUUUACAUAACAAAAAGAAUAAAAUGAAGCUCCAAGAUCAUAGAAGAAAUUGUUACCUAAAUAAUAUUCUUGUGGAUGGUAUAAAAAAGCAAAACAUAGAAAUUGCAAUUAUAAAUCAACAGUCAUCUGUUCAAGAAAAGCCAACAUUUUUAGUAAACAAAAGGACAAAAUUAGGAAAUAAUUAUCCACAAGAGGGACUAAUACCUGAAUUUUUAUGAACUCAAUUAGAUUCUUCAAUCAUCAGCAUUUCUACAGUAAAGUGUGAUUUGGGACCAAGAAUGGCAUUCACCGUCUCUGGAAAUUUGCUGUUGGAAGCCAAACAGCACCAAUAACCUUGCUCAAUAAUUGAAUAUCAAAUAAGACAAAUGCACCAUUAACUUGAUGCAUGUGGAAUUAAUCAUAUAUCAACAUUUUGGAUAAUCAUUGGAAAAUAGGAUUACAUUAGCAAUUCAUGCAAUUAAAAAGACUUUGUCAAAUUUAAAA